GAAAAAUACUUGAAAAAGAACAGUAAUCAGACUGGCAGCAUACUUGCUUCUCAUCAACAAUAUUAGAUGAUAAGAAACAAGGAAACCACAAUCAAGUGUACGGGAAACAUGAAAAAUGCUAAUAUAUACAACGAUCAAGGAAGUUUAUUGCUUUGUGAACCUUGACACCAUGGCAACUUGCUUUGUAAGGCGUGUCAGCCAAGAAAGCAAUGAAGAGAGCCUGCUAGUGAGAUGGAAGUUACAGGAUCCUGUAACUUAAUUAUGGCUAUGGCAUCCAGUCAGCUUUGCUGUAUUCUGUUGGUUAGAAACAUGCCAGAAGAGGAGAUUGCACAAAGAUGUGACUACCAAGGCCUGAGAACCAUGGAGGCUGGGAGUCUUCCUGUCACGGAAGCCAUAGAAGGCCUAGUGGUGCAGAUGGUAAAUGUGUAUGCAGAUGCAUUAAUGUGUGUAGAUAUAUAUUGUAAAUGCAAACAUACACGUCUACAUGCAUAUAUAGUACUUCUAUAUUAGAAAAAUAAAAGAAAUUAGAAGGCUUAUGAAGGCAGUGUUAUUUGGAAGAGUUGAUAAAGUAUUAGAAGAGAACACUUAUUUUUUUUGAAUCUGAAGAAUAUGGUAGAAUAGAGCAUGGGACGGUUGGAUGAUCAUGGCACACAUGUGGCUCUGCUGUAGGUAAUGUUCAUUCAGGUAUAAUCACACAAAGGUUCUCUACGGACUUGCAUUCUCACCUGGAAGACUUAACCAUGGUGAUAAGCCAGAAUUUAUGUGUCUUCAACCUUGGCCACAUGCAAGUGACGGUACAGCUUUCAGAAGUCUGGUCAGGGUACAGGGUAAGGAGGGGAAGAGACGUUGAGUGUAAAGUUGGUGGAACAAGAAAUAUAGAUCUAAGUACACCAAAGAACUAAAAUAAUAAUCAAAAAUUGGGGAAAGGAGAGAAGAGUGGGAAUAAUGUAAUAAAGAUAAAACUAUCUUUUAUAGAGAGCCAAAAAAAUCUUAAAUCUAUAAAAAAUAGAUGAAUAAGAAAGCAGCAUAUUAUUUAGAGACAUAGAGUUUAAACAUGGAGGUAGGCAAGCCUAGAGUAAUGGAUCCCUCUUUAAUUAUAUACUCUCUGAAACAUAUACUCGACUAUUUUAAAAUUAUUUCCCUCGUGUUCAUAUAGAAAUAUAGUAUUUCAUAAAAGUAUCUUCUUGAAAUAUUUAUUUGAGAGAGAAUUAGAGAGGGAAAGACAGGUAUUUAUUUAUUUGAUAGAGUUAGAGAGGGAGACAGAGAGAAAGGUCUUUCAUUCACUGGUUCAUUCCCCAAAUGGCUGCAAUGGCCAGAGCUGGGCUGAUCUGAAGCCAGGAGCCAGGAGCUUCUUCCAGGUCUCCCUCUUGGGUGCAGGGUCCCAAGCACUUGGGCCAUCUUCCACUGCUUUCCCAGGCCAUAGCAGAGAGCUGGAUCAGAGGAGGAACAGCCGGGACUAGAACUCGCACCCAUAUGGGAUUCCAACACUACAGCUGGAGGCUUAGCCUACUAUACCACAGUGUCAGCCCCAAAAGUAUCUUUAUUUCUAUCAGAAACCUCAGAAGUUACCUCUUCGAUACACCUGAUAUUCUGCUUGUUGGGAAAAUGUUAACUGAAAAAAUGUGAGAAUCCCAUCCACUGGCAGAUUAUAUUAUUUAUUAAAUAUUAAUCAUAGGGCUGGUGUUGUGGCACAGUGGGUUAAGCUGAUGCUAACGAUGCCAUCAUCCCAAAUCAGAGCAUCAGUCUGAGUCCCAGCUGUCAUGCUUCUGAUCCAGCUCCCUACUAACGCACCUGAGAAAGCAGCAGAUGAAGGCCCAAGUGCUUGGGGUCCUGACUCCCGUGUGGGAGAUCUAGAUGGAGUCCUGGCUCAGUUCCAGGGAUAGCAGCCAUUUAUGGAGUGAACCAGUGGAUGGAAGAUCUGUUUCCCUCUGUGUGUCUCUCUUUUUCUCUGUCACUCUUUCAAAUAAAUAUUAUUAAAAGAGAAUUCAUCAUGAAUAAAUCAGUGAUACUAUUAAUCACUACUCUCAUUCCAGAAAACCCUGCCAAAGAACAAAAUGAGCCUCUUGAUAUUUUGUUCUUCUUGAAGUUAGGACCGGAUGCUCACCCUGGUGGCCCAUCUGAGAUGCAGAGACUCUGGGGUCUCACUGCGCCUUGACUUCCUUCUUUCCUUUUCCAACUCCGCUCCUCCCUGUGUCCAGAUGAAGCAGACAUGGAGGAUGGCCACUAGGAACAGGACGGAAGUGACUGAAUUUAUCCUACUGGGCUUGUCCAGCCGGCCAGAGAUGCAGCCAAUUAUUUUUGGAACUGUCCUUACCAUGUACCUGGUUGCAGUUAUGGGCAAUGCUCUCUUGGUGACUGUUGCUUGCUCAGACCCCAGGCUUCAGACCCCCAUGUAUUUUCUUCUCGGCCAGCUUUCCUUCAUUGACAUAUCUCUGACAACCAUCACUGUUCCUCAGAUGCUGGUGCACACCUUGUCUGUGAGUCGCACCAUCUCCUAUAACUGCUGCAUCAUCCAGUUGUUCUUCUUUAUGGCUGUGGGAAGCAUGGAAGGCCACUUGCUGGCAGCCAUGGCAUAUGACCGCUAUGUUGCCAUUUGUGACCCUUUAAGAUACUCUGCCAUUGUCAGCCACCCCCUGUGUCUGCGUAUAACAUUGACCUCAUGGGUGGUUGUCAGCCUCAACAGCCUCCUUUAUACCAUGCUCAUCACCCGCUUAACCUUCUGUGGCAACCGAGUCACCCAUUUCUUUUGCGACAUCACUCCCCUGCUGCAGCUGUCCUGCACCCGACCGAUGGUCAGUGAAAUGCUGAUAUUCACUGAGGGUAUAGCUGUGGUGGUCAGCCCCUUCUUCUUCAUUUUGGGUUCCUACGCCCGCAUUGGUGUUGCCAUAGCUCGCAUGCGCUCAGUUGCUGCCCUGCGCAAAUCUCUCUCCACCUGCAGCUCCCACAUCCUGGUUGUGCUGCUCCUGUAUGGCUCUGUGAUUCGCAUGUAUCUCCGACCAUCCUCUAGCUAUGACUUGCAUCAGGAUCGCCAGGUUGCCAUUUUCUACACAGUGGUUACCCCUAUGUUAAACCCGCUCAUUUACAGCCUCAGGAACCAGGAGGUUAAAGAAGCUCUGCAAAGGCUGUGUAAGAAACUCUGCAGCUCAGGAAACCUCCAGCCUGGAUCCCAAGCAAGCAAGGAAUGGCAGCGCCUCUCCUGA